UGUGAAUUUUACUUAGAAUUUCUCUAAAUAAAAAGUAGAAUUCUUUAAAAUGGAAAGAGGCAAUUCCUCCUAUUGGGAAAAUAUUUCAAUUCUGCAAAGGAAUGAUGAGAAACUGACCAAUUUUUGGUUAAAGUUAAACUAUCAAUUUUAUUCGUCGAUGAUUUUUAUCCGCAUAGUUCUAACGAUUUUUGUACGAAUUGGAUUUAUUUUUAUCCAUAUCGGAAUGGUUCCAGUAACAAAUGUUAAUUUGAUUCUUCAACAAAAUAUUAUCGAUUUUUCCUGGACCACCUUUGUCUACUUUCUGUUGGGAUUUCUAUUUAGCUACUCAGGUGAUAGUAAUAAUGCUUUAAUUGGAGGUGAACAUUGGAUUGGAGAAUCCAAUAUUAACAAAACAGAGGAAUUGAUUGGUUGGCAAGUAGUCUCCAUAACUUCUGCAAUUUACACUUCCGGAGUCAUUGAUUUGUUUUUACAAAAUGAACAAGAGUACUCUUAUGAUUGGAUCGAAGGAGAAAUACUGCCACGAUAUGUUGCAGAUAUUCUGAGUUCAGCUAAAGAAUUGCCAGAAAAUGAAGGAGAUGAAAUGGAGGUAUGUUUUAAUGCAAAAAUUGAAGAAGCUGGCAUAAAUGCUGAGAUUACUGCAGAAGGAGUUCAGUAUGCUGAAGACGAUGAAGACUCCAGCGAAGAUGAGAAGAAAGUAAAUUUGAAGAAGAUAAUGAAUAUGAUGAAUAGUUUUGAAGAUCACUCUGGAGCAGCAGUAAUUCAUGUCGUAGGAGGACUCAGUGCACUAGUUGGAUGCCUCACUUUGGGCCGAAGAAUUCUUACAUUAAAGGAUAUCGAUAAAUCCAGUAUUCCUUCUAGUUCACCAGCAAUGUUAUUUGCUGGUUACUUUUUAAUUUUUAUUGGACUCCAGGGAAUAAGUUCUAUCAAUAUCUCUGAAAAACUGGAAGAAGUUUUAAUAAACAAUCUCUUAGCAGCUUCCUCGUCUUAUCUAGUCGUAAUAAUUUUACAAUUCUUCCAAACUGGACAAUUUACUGAUUAUUGGAAAAUAACAAGAUGUAUCCAAACCGUCAUUUCCGGUCUUGUGGCUGUUUCCGCUGGUCCAGAUUUUUAUUCACCUACCAUAUCAAUUUUAUUUGGUUCUUUGUCUGGAUUUAUUUUUUGCGAAUCCUCUGAAAUUAUUUUUAAAAGUGCUGUGGAAGAUAACUGUAAUAUUAUUGCCACACAUCUUAUCAUCGGAUUCCUUGGCAGUCUAUUGGCACCCCUAAUUGCCCUCAAAAAUGUGCCCAUCAAAUUUUCCCUGCAAAGGAUUUUUUCUCAAAAGAAGGAAAAAAAGGUUUUUUUAAAACCAGGUUCUGUUUCAAGUUUAGUCCAAAAGAAUUUCAAUAAAUCAUUUGAUGAGUUGGACCCAAAAAACAAUUUUUCAAGAUCUCAAAAAGAAAGUUUGGUAGAAAACGAAAUUGAAGUUAACAAAGAAAAUAUUAACAUUUUUAACAUGAAAGAAAAUAGGAAGAAGGGAAAAAGAAAUGUUUUUACGACUCGACAAACAGUAGAUUUUUCCAAGAUAGGAGAAUCGAAUUUUCAAAAAAAUCGGGCAGAUUUAAAACCUGGGUGUCCAAAAAAGUCUUAUAAUUUUCAGGGACUUGGAGCUGGAGAUUCAUUUUUCAAUGAGUGCUCUCUCAUGGAAAAAGAAAAUUACAAAGUGAAAAUAAAAGUUCCAGAAAAUAAAGACAAUGAAGAAAAUAAAGAAAUGAUCAAAAAUAAAGAAAUAAAAGUGAAGGACUCUUUGCACGAAAUUCGCAGAACGUCAAAGCUGACGAAUCUUGUGAAAAAAUCGUUAUCCACAAGUAGUAUCGAUUUUAUUUUUCGGCCUGACCCAAAUUUUGUUUCAAGUGAAUCACUUUACCGAAAUCCAGAAUUUUUAAGAAAGAAUUUUUCUGACCAUAAUUUAGAAUUAAUUCCUCGUUCGAAUCAACAAAUUCCGGUUCGAAAAAGCUUUUAAUAUAAUAGAAUAUUUCGCAUGAAUCACAAAUUUUCAUUAAUUUAAUUUUCGUUUAAUUGGGAUAAUAUAAAAAAGGAAAUAAAGGAAAACAAAAAAGAAUAAUAUAAACUUGAUCUAGGCUAAUUUAUAAUUCACUAGCUAUUCCCCCGGUCUAUUUUGUGACCAAAUCAUUAUUUUAGUAAUUUUAGAAGUAUUAUUUGUUGCAAACAAUUUUGUUGCAGAU